AUGGAUGUAGAUCCUUUUGCACAGGCUGCCGAAGGAAAGCAUGGCGGUGACUACAUCGAGUACCGCAAUAUGGGGUGGAUCAAGGCGGGGGCUCUAAUCAUGGCCGAGACAAUUGCGCUGGGUAUUCUCAGCUUCCCGAAAGUUUUCUAUCGAUUGGGCAUGUUCGGGGGUAUUUUCACGACCAUCGCUCUAGCCGCCCUAUCGUGGCAGACUGGAUACGUGAUCGUUCAAUUCAAGGUUAAUCAUCCUGGUGUCAUGAACUUCGCGGAUGCCGGUGGUGUCGUCGCUGGUAGGAAGGGUUUCUGGCUCUUGGGCGCCAUGCUUGUUACCAAGUCCGUCUUCGUAGCAGGAUCACAUGCUCUUUCCGGAGCCAUCGCUCUCAACAACAUCUCCAGUGGCGCCAUUUGCAAUAUUGCAUGGGCAGCCAUCAUCGCUAUCGUAUCCUUCCUGUUGACCAUUCCCCGUACAUUUGAGAAGGUUUCCUACAUCUCCUUCGUCAGCGUGACCGCCAUCCUCACUGCCUGUUUCAUCACCAUCGUCGCCACUGGUAUACAAUCCGACUCUGACCUCCCAGACUUCCCCGAUAAUGGUGCGGUGAGGUGGAAGGCAUUUGAGAACCACGGUUUCACCGAAACAAUCAAUGCGAUCACCAACAUUGUGUUCGCCUACGGUGGACAUGUCGCCAUCUUCUCGUUCGUGGCCGAGAUGAAGAACCCCGCCGACUUCAAGUACUCUCUCGGACUUGUACAGAUCGUCGCCACAACGUUCUAUGUCGUCGUAGGAGCCACGAUCUACUCGUUCGGUGGUCAGUACGUGACCUCCCCCGCCCUUACGAUGACGUCGAAGCCCGUUCUGGCUUUUGUAAACACAGUCAUCGCAGGCGUCAUCGCCUCCUAUGUCGCCGCCAAAUUCAUCUUCCUCACCCUCUUCCGUAGUUCUCGUCACUUAACCUCGCGCUCGUGGAAGACGUGGGGAAUGUGGGCUGCCAUCUGUGCUGCGAUAUGGAUUGCUGGGUUUGUCAUCGCUGAAGUCAUCCCGUUCUUCUCCGACCUCCUCUCCGUGAUCUCCUCCAUCCUUACCAUCUGGUUCACAUACGGCCUCUCCGGCGUCCUCUGGCUCUACGAUAACGGACCGAAAGGACCUGCCGGAGAUCGGACUUCGUAUGCGGGGUAUUGGUCCAGUAGGAGUCGACUGGCGAUGUUUUUGACUAGUGUUUUUGUGAUCAUCAUGUCUGCAGUUAUCAUGGUGUUGGGUCUGUAUUCGUCUAUCAAGAGUAUCGCGGAUAAUUAUGCUAGCGGCGCAUACAGCCACCCGUUCUCGUGUAGCUCUUAAUCGAAAUUUCCCUCGACAUACACUAUACCCCAGACCUCACCGACCUGUCAUUGUGCCGUUCGCAUCAUGCUACCCAAUAUGAUCGUCUCCCAUCUGUCCGAGUUGUAGCCCACGAUCACAAUAUCGAAAAAUCCUCACGAAGCUCUCCAUGAC